GGUUCGUUUUCCUGCACAAUCGGGACUGUGCAAUCAAGACAAACAGCUGCAAAACCCAUGGAGGCACUGUGGAUUGCAGUCUCAGGAUCCAAUUGGCAUUUUCUGGGACGGAUAAGCACCUAUCCAUUCUGAACUCAUGGUUGCUUUUCAUAUAUCCAGUGCAAGGAUUAGCUGGAGACAACGAAGAAGGAUCGACAGAUAAACGAUUGGGUUUUUGUAUUUCUGGGUCUGGAUGCUCUGGAUCUGCUCAAUAGCAUCGCUCAAUCUCCAUAUGACCAAGACAAGUUCCGCCUCAUGAAUUCAUUGUGAGAAUGCAUCCUCAAUAAGGUCACCCAAUCCCUCUUUCUCUCUUAAUUCACACUCGUUUCUGUGAAUCUGUGCUUGGUUUGUUUCUAAUUGAAUUUGAUAUCUGUGAGAAACCCAGUAAUUUGAUUAAACUAGUGACACAGAAUUGGGUAUGUUCUUGGGUUAUGAGUUGGAAUUUUAUAUAUUUUGAGUGUAUUUGAUUGCAGAAGGGCUGAAACCCAGAUUGAGAUUUGUUCAAGGCCAAAUAUUUAUGCUUAUAUUUUGCCUUGGAAAGUUUAAAGCUUGAUUUAGAUUCAUGAAGUUGAUAUGAUAUGUGUGCCUAUUUCUGUACUGGUAAUAACCAAUUUUAUCAUGGAUCGAAUUGCUUCGUGGUUCCAGUUUGUUACUGUGUAAUGUCCUACUUAACCUGGAUUAUGGCUUGCAUAGUCCAGGUACAAGCUUUGCUGCUGUGAAGUUAUCAAAGGAUCAAGCACCAAAGAAGUGAGAUUUUAUGCCCCUUAAAACCAAUUGAUUUUACCCAUUUUCAGCUAGUGUUAAGUGUUUGUCCUAGAACCCUAUUUAUACUUAUAUAUUAACUAUUCUAUUUAGUUAAUGACAUGUUUAGGAAGAAGAGACUGGAUGACGUGUGUCACGGUAAAGUAGUAGUGGAUGCGAAGGUGGUCAACAAAGGCGAUACUCCAAAUUUGAUAGCAGGACACAAGUUAGAAGCUGCCAUUGAACAACUAGUUUUACAGGCAAGUGAUCAAGUUGAUUUGUUCCUCUUACCAGGAGUAGCAUUUGACAGACCUGGGAGACUUUUGGCUUGCGACAGAGGCAAAUCUUGCUCAAGUGAGGGAGGCAAAUCAAGGCAGAUCAAGCAGAAAGACAAGAAAUGCAACUUGCAGAGCGAGUUGAUGGCUGCAAAGUCCACUGCAGCUCAGCAAUGAGGAGUUAGAAAUCGUCAAAGCUGGUUGCAGCUCAGCAAAUUGAAGAGUUAGAGGCAGUGAAGGCUAAAGCCGCUGCACAAAAUGAAGAGUUUGGAGGCACUAAAGAUUGGUCUAAGCUUCAAAAAAGUACAUCUUGCAAACUAUCAUUGAAGGCUUAUGGAACUUCUAGAAAGACUUGUAUGUAUUCCGAUUUAUUUUGAAAUUGCUAUUAAGGAUGGAUAUUGACAUUUGUUUAUUUUGGAUAUGCAAAUGUAAUAGAGAUACGUGUCUUAUAUUGUAUUGGAAUUGAGUAGUUUAAUA